AUGAGAAUUUUUAGACCGUGGAGACUGCGCUGCCCUGCCUUGCACCUGCCCUCACUCUCCGUGUUCUCGCUCAGGUGCAGCUUGCCUUCCCUCACCACUGACGAGACCAUGUGCAAAAGCGUGACCACAGGUGAAUGGAAGAAAGCCUUCUAUGAGAAGAUGGAGGUGGCCAAGCCGGCUGACAGCUGGGACCUCAUCAUAGAUCCCAACCUCAAGCACAAUGUGCUGGCCCCUGGUUGGAAGCAGUACCUGGAGCUGCAUGCCUCAGGCAGGUUCCACUGCUCCUGGUGCUGGCACACGUGGCAGUCGCCCCACGUGGUCAUCCUCUUCCACAUGUUCCUGGACCGGGCCCAGCGUGCGGGCUCGGUGCGCAUGCGCGUCUUCAAGCAGCUGUGCUACGAGUGCGGCACGGCGCAUCUGGACGAGUCCAGCAUGCUGGAGGAGAACAUCGAGAGCCUGGUGGACAACCUCAUCACCAGCCUGCGCGAGCAGUGCUACGGCGAGCGCGGCGGCCAGUACCGCAUCCACGUGGCCAGCCGCCAAGACAACAGGCGGCACCGCGGCGAGUUCUGCGAGGCCUGCCAGGAGGGCAUCGUGCACUGGAAGCCGAGCCAGAAGCUGCUGGAGGAGGAGGCGACCACCUACACUUUUAAACCUGCCCCCAGCCCCUCCAAACCACAAGCCGAGAUGAGUUCCGGCCGCAACUUCUGCUCUAUCCCCUGGUGCUUGUUUUGGGCCACAGUCCUGCUCUUGAUCAUCUACCUACAGUUCUCCUUCCGCAGCUCAGUCUAAGAUUCCCUUGGUGAGUCCCAGGGGACUCUAGCCCCCCAAGGCCAGGGGGCCAGCCCGCUAGUGGGAGGGACCAAGAGAGACUGGGGUGGGAGUGGGGUUAAGUUCCAGCACUGGUGCUGCACUGACUCACUGGGCUCCCUGGAUAGUUCACCCAGCUUUUCCAUCUGCACUGUCAUGGGUUUGGGCUAGAUCAUUGGGUUUUCAAAGUGAAACUCAGGGCCCCAGACUUCUGCAUAGGUGCCCCAGGGACUUUUGAAUUUGGAAGGUAGAUUGAGUGAGUGGAUUUUCCAUCCUGGUCAAAUCACCCAUCCCCAACUCCUACCUCCUGCUGUGUCUUUAAUCAGAACAGCUCCAUCUUAGAUGGAGUUCCAUUUAAAAAUUUGUAUUAAAAAAAAACAACAAAAA